UACGGGGGCGAAGAACCCGUUCAGGCGGCCGUUAGCGGGAGAGCGGGUGGCGCUAGGCGGGAGGGGCAAACUUCCCGCCGCAGGUAGUCGCCGGCCCGUCGUUACCGGCAGGCGGGGACCCAGCGAGUCUCAUCCCUUUGCCAAAGAGCGCUUGUCGUUCGUUCAUCCCUCCACCCUGGUGCGGUUUACCUCUAUCUCUUGGUCCGGUUCGGGGUACGGUGCGGGAUGCGGUUCGGCUCAUGUACGGGCGAGCGACGGGACAUUAGAGAUUUGUUAGGACUCGGAGCGAGGUCGGUGGUGGGGCGGGAGGACGAGAGGGGGAGACUCGAGGUGGUGGAUAGGCAGGAGAAGCGGAUACUUCUGGUGUUAGACGUGAAUGGCUUUCUCGUGGACACGAGAUUUGUUGCCGAGGGAAAAUUGAAGGAAAGAGAAGAAGAUGCUGUCGUCAACAAAUUUUGGGUUUAUGACAGACCACAUGUUCGGGAGUUUGUGCAAUUCUGCUUGGACCAUUUCUUUGUUGGUGUUUGGUCAUCAAGUAGAAGGCACAACUUAAUGGGUCUUGUGCAACACAUAUUCCGGGAUGCUGUGGGGCAACUCGCCUUUAUAUGGGUGGAGAGUAUGCUGCCCCACGAAUCUUUGCAGAUUAAGACCCUCUCCUGGCCAGAUAGCAUGGGAUUGUGGCUGUGAUGGGUGGUGACCACCAGCCCUCCUCAUGUAGUCUUCCAUUGUGAAUGCAGCCUUCUGAUGCAGAGAGCUUGUUAAGGUUUCUGCGAGAUUGGCUGUCUGUGCAGUACCUGCGCAGUCUUCACAUGUAAUCGGGUAGCAAGGGGCCAAACAGUAAAGCUGCUUUGCAGUUUAGCUGGCCUCUGUCAGAGAUCUGACCUGCUGCCUGUUGGGGAAGCUGGAAUGAGGAAUGUGCACAUAGCCAGGGGAAGCUGGAGAUGAGGAAUGUGCACAUAGCCAGAAGAUAUCCCUGUCAUUUCAGCACCUGCGCAGUCUUCACGUCUUAAUCGGUAGCGAGGGGCCAACAGCGGAGCUGCUUUGCAGUUUAGAUGACCUCUGUCAGAGAUGUGACUUUCUGCCUGUUGGGGAAGCUGGAGAUGAGGAAUGCGUACAUAGCCAGAAGAUAUCCCUGCUAUUUCAGCACCUGCAUCCGCUGUGAUCCCAUUGCAACCGCUGAACAGAUGGUGGUUUUGUGGCUUUAUUACUACAAGUGGAAGGCGGAAACCAGUUCUACCCUGCUUCAACAAAGUUGACUCUAUGGUCUUGCAAAUGUGCCUACGAGCAUGAACUGAUUUGUGGCUCAGGAGAACCUGCAGCGUACCGUAUGCAACGACCCAGUGUUGGAGGAUUUUUUUAGGGGCUUCCAUGCUGGCUGUCGAGCUUUCCUCUGACAAGCUUUUCAACGCUGUAUAAUGAUGCGUCUGAGCAUCACGGAACUGGAUGGUGCAGAGGUGGAAUGCACUUGAUUCCAGGUUCCGAUGGUGAUGCUCAACGCGUUCCACCCUCUUGGCAGUAUCAUAGACGAGCAGUGCUGAUUGGAACACAUCAUGACGCAUGUGGCAGUGCUUUCUGUCAUGAUGUUCGGUUCCAAUGACCUUCGCUGCUUCUCACUUCUCCGAUACUUUUUUGUUCAGAUCUUGAGAAUCGGCCAACCGCUAUGUCCUGCAUGUGGCAGGAUGUUAGAUGCAAUAUGUUUGCCGAAAUCUUUGGAUCAUAGAAUCAAUCCAAACUGGAGGUAUGUGACCACAGGUGCAGUAUCAGACGGUUGGAAACAAUUGGGAUUCUGCAGAUCUUCAUGCACGGUGAACGUAUUCAUGUGUGAAUGGUCAGUGUUCGAAGUUUUGCUCCAGACAGAAUCUGGAGUAACGAGGUGAGUGCAGCAUGGGCAGGCAUGCCAUCAGUUAGAAGGGAUGAAUCAUAUGUCUAACCGUGAUGGCACAACACCUCUUCAGGGUGGGUUGCUUGAGGCGAAACUUUGUUGCUCUAGACUCCAGGGUAGCCAUGCCCCCGCUUGCUGAGAUCCUUGUCAGAAUCUGACGGUGUUUCUGCCAUCCUCGGACUUCAUACGCAACGCAUGUCCCAUUCCAGCUGAGAGCAUUCCGGAUUGGUGCUUGUGACUGUUUUUGUCACUGCUCCAGUUAUGUGGCUGGCAUGAGGUGCUCCAUGGGGGACUGUUCAAGAAGGCAGUUGGCAGGUUCUCUUGCUGCACAUCAUUUCAUCCAGUUCACCUGACUGGUACAUCGAUCGGGAUGAGAUGCCGUCUGGUUAUCAUCCCUUGGACUCGAGCGUUGGGGCUGCUUCUUUGGCCAAAGUGUGGGUUGAUGUGCUGGCCAUCUCGAUGGAAGAUUCUAAUGUCGGCAUACUGUCCUCAUUCUCAAGUGAAAGUAGAUGUUAUGGUGAUUUCUAAAGUGACAAAAAGUGCAGCCUGAGUGUGCUAUCCCCUCAAGGAAUGAAUCGAAGAGCUGUGU